CUAAGAAAUGACGGGACUCACAGCAGACGUUCUCCUGCUAGUGUGUCAUUGAUGACGUCUUCCUUAGCUCCGGGAAACAAACAGGACACUAGUGGGGCUGGGUUUCCGUUUUGGGUUGUUGCAACUUUCAGUUCAGGGGUUCUUUUUCUGGUUCUCUCAGCUUUCAUUGCAAUUGUAGCAUUCUGUGUUUGUCUAAAGCAGCGCAGAAAGAAACAUUCCAUGCUCACUAAGAACGUUCCAAUGAAGGAAAUCUCAAGCAUUUAUGCAACUCCACAAAAUAUUAUGAGCAGAGAUGGUAAUGAUGGUGAGCAUCACCCCUAUGAUGUACUGGAUGCUUCGAUUUAUGAGUCAGUACCAACAAUGGAAGUCAGCGACGAUCAA